AAGCGUAGCCUCUUCUCCUUUACCAAGAUGGCGGCUUGUCCCUGUUUCGCCACAUUUUCUACCUUAUGAGCUUGGUUUCCUUACGCUAAUAAGAGUGGAACAGCAAAAGCUGGCAGGCUGACAGGUGCCUCAGGACGGACUCUCUGGCUACUGACCGUUUUGCUGUGACGUACCCGGACUGUGUGUAGGUGUGCAACCAACGAUGAGCUCUGUUGCAGUUUUGACCCAGGAGAGCUUUGCCGAGCACCGGAGUGGGCUGGUUCCGCAACAGAUCAAAGUUGCUGCUCUCAAUUCGGAAGAGGAAAGCGACCCUCCAACCUACAAGGAUGCCUUCCCUCCCCUCCCCGAGAAGGCGGCCUGCCUGGAGACCUCGCAGGAGCCAGCUGGGGCCUGGGGCAGCAAGAUCCGGCCCAUCAAGGCCUCUGUCAUCACUCAGGUCUUCCACGUGCCCCUGGAGGAGAGGAAGUAUAAGGAGAUGAACCAGUUCGGAGAAGGUGAACAAGCCAAGAUCUGCCUCGAGAUCAUGCAACGGACAGGCGCACACUUGGAGCUGUCCCUUGCCAAAGACCAGGGCCUCUCGAUCAUGGUCUCGGGGAAACUGGACGCCGUCAUGAAAGCCCGCAAGGACAUUGUUGCCAGACUACAGACUCAGGCCUCUGCAACUGUUCCUAUUCCCAAAGAGCAUCAUCGCUUUGUGAUUGGCAAAAACGGAGAGAAACUGCAAGAUCUGGAGCUAAAAACUGCAACCAAAAUCCAGAUCCCACGCCCCGAUGACCCGAGCAAUCAGAUCAAGAUCACUGGCACCAAAGAGGGCAUCGAGAAGGCUCGCCACGAGGUCCUCCUCAUCUCUGCUGAGCAGGACAAACGUGCUGUGGAGAGGCUGGAAGUGGAGAAGGCCUUCCACCCCUUCAUCGCCGGGCCCUAUAAUCGGCUUGUGGGUGAGAUCAUGCAGGAGACGGGCACCCGCAUCAACAUCCCGCCCCCUAGCGUCAGCCGCUCUGAGAUCGUGUUCACCGGGGAGAAGGAGCAGCUGGCACAGGCGGUGGCACGCAUCAAGAAGAUUUAUGAGGAAAAGAAGAAGAAGACCACCACCAUUGCAGUGGAGGUGAAGAAGUCACAACACAAGUAUGUCAUCGGGCCAAAGGGCAACUCCCUGCAGGAGAUUCUAGAGAGGACCGGGGUGUCUGUGGAGAUCCCGCCCUCAGACAGCGUCUCUGAGACUGUGAUCCUGCGCGGCGAGCCCGAGAAGCUGGGGCAGGCACUGACCGAGGUCUAUGCAAAGGCCAACAGCUUCACCGUGUCCUCUGUGUCUGCCCCCUCCUGGCUGCACCGCUUCAUCAUCGGCAAGAAAGGGCAGAAUCUGGCCAAGAUCACACAGCAGAUGCCAAAGGUCCACAUUGAGUUCACUGAGGGUGAGGACAAGAUCACUCUGGAAGGCCCCACAGAGGACGUGAAUGUGGCCCAGGGCCAGAUUGAGACCAUGGUCAAGGACUUGAUUAACCGGAUGGACUACGUGGAGAUCAGUGUCGACCACAAGUUCCACAGACACCUCAUUGGCAAGAGUGGAUCCAACAUAAACAGAAUCAAAGACCAGUACAAGGUGUCUGUGCGCAUCCCCCCUGACAGUGAGAAGAGCGACCUGAUCCGCAUUGAGGGGGACCCACAGGGUGUACAGCAGGCCAAGCGGGAACUGCUGGAGCUCGCCUCGCGCAUGGAAAACGAGCGUACAAAGGACUUAAUCAUUGAACAGAGAUUUCAUCGCACAAUCAUUGGGCAGAAGGGGGAACGGAUCCGUGAAAUCCGGGACAAAUUUCCAGAGGUUAUCAUCAACUUUCCAGACCCAGCACAAAAAAGUGACAUCGUCCAACUCAGAGGACCCAAGAAUGAGGUGGAAAAAUGCACAAAAUACAUGCAGAAGAUGGUGGCAGAUCUGGUGGAAAAUAGCUAUUCCAUUUCUGUCCCAAUCUUCAAACAGUUUCACAAGAACAUCAUUGGGAAAGGAGGUGCAAACAUUAAAAAGAUUCGUGAAGAAAGUAACACCAAGAUUGACCUUCCAGCCGAAAAUAGCAACUCUGAGACGAUUAUCAUCACAGGCAAGCGGGCAAACUGUGAGGCUGCCCGGAGCCGGAUUCUGUCUAUUCAGAAAGACCUGGCCAACAUUGCUGAGGUGGAGGUCUCGAUUCCGGCCAAGCUGCACAACUCCCUCAUUGGCACCAAAGGCCGCCUAAUCCGCUCCAUCAUGGAGGAGUGUGGCGGGGUCCACAUCCACUUUCCCGUGGAAGGUUCUGGAAGCGACACGGUUGUUAUCAGAGGGCCCUCCUCAGAUGUAGAGAAAGCCAAGAAGCAGCUGCUGCACCUGGCUGAGGAGAAGCAAACCAAGAGCUUCACAGUUGACAUUCGCGCCAAGCCGGAGUACCACAAAUUCCUCAUUGGCAAGGGCGGCGGAAAGAUCCGCAAGGUGCGUGACAGCACAGGUGCCCGCAUCAUCUUUCCCACGGCCGAGGACAAGGACCAGGACCUGAUCACCAUCAUCGGGAAGGAGGAUGCCGUCCGGGAGGCCCAGAGGGAGCUGGAGGCUCUGAUCCAGAACCUGGACAAUGUGGUGGAGGACACCAUGCUGGUGGACCCCAAGCAUCACCGCCAUUUCGUUAUCCGGAGGGGCCAGGUCCUGAGGGAGAUUGCAGAGGAGUACGGUGGGGUGAUGGUUAGCUUCCCACGGUCCGGCACUCAGAGUGACAAGGUCACCCUCAAGGGCGCUAAGGACUGUGUGGAGGCCGCCAAGAAGCGCAUCCAGGAGAUCAUUGAGGACCUGGAAGCUCAGGUGACCCUGGAAUGCGCCAUUCCCCAGCGGUUUCACCGCUCUGUCAUGGGCCCCAAGGGUACCCGGAUCCAGCAGAUCACCCGGGAUCACGGCGUUCAGAUUAAGUUCCCCGACAGAGAGGAGAACCCAGUUCACAGUGUAGAGCUGACCAUGCAGGAGAAUGGGGAGGAGACGGCGGAGGGCAGAGACGCCAAAGAGACAGACCCCGGAUCUCCACGGCGCUGUGACAUCAUCACCAUCUCUGGCCGCAAAGAGAAGUGUGAGGCCGCCAAGGAGGCCCUGGAGGCUCUGGUUCCUGUCACUAUUGAAGUAGAGGUGCCCUUUGACCUGCACCGGUACAUCAUCGGGCAGAAAGGAAGUGGGAUCCGCAAGAUGAUGGAUGAGUUUGAGGUGAACAUACAAGUCCCAGCCCCGGAGCUCCAGUCCGACGUCAUCGCCAUCACUGGUCUGGCCGCCAACCUGGACCGAGCCAAGGCCGGGCUGCUGGAGCGCGUGCGGGAGCUGCAGGCUGAGCAGGAGGAGCGGGCCUUGAGGAGUUUUAAGCUGAGUGUCACUGUGGACCCCAAAUACCACCCCAAGAUCAUCGGUCGGAAGGGGGCUGUGAUCACACAGAUUCGCCUGGAGCAUGAUGUGAACAUCCAGUUUCCCGACAAGGAUGACAGCCAGCCUCAGGAACAGAUCACCAUCACGGGUUAUGAGAAGAACACAGAGGCGGCCCGUGACGCCAUCCUGAAGAUCGUGGGUGAGCUCGAGCAGAUGGUCUCUGAGGAUGUCCCACUGGACCACCGCGUCCACGCCCGCAUCAUUGGCGCACGAGGCAAGGCUAUACGCAAGGUCAUGGAUGAGUUCAAGGUGGACAUCCGCUUCCCACAGAGUGGGGCCCCAGACCCCAACUGCGUCACCGUGACAGGCCUCCCAGAAAACGUGGAGGGGGCCAUCGACCACAUCCUCAACUUGGAGGAGGAAUAUCUGGCUGAUGUUGUGGACAACGAGGCACUGCAGGUGUACAUGAAGCCCCCAGUUCACGAGGAGUCCAAGGUCCCGUCCAAGGGCUUUGUGGUGCGGGACGCACCCUGGACAGCCAGCAGCAGUGAGAAGGCUCCGGAUGUGAGCAGCUCUGAGGAGUUCCCCAGCUUUGGGGCUCAGGUGGCUCCCAAGACCCUCCCGUGGGGCCCCAAGCGAUAA